UUUCCCGGCAGGCGGCGGCACGGUCGCGCUCAACGGGCGCUUUAAAUUUCACACGCGACGCGUCUUUGUAAACACGCGUCCCUUUCCUACCAUCACGGUCGGGCACGGUCUCUUUAAUCCUAUUUUCGAAACGCUCCCUCUCGCCUGUUGUCCCGCGUUUUAUUUGCCAGUCGCAUCACGUCCUUAUAACGAUAAAACCGUUCUCUCCUCGUUCCGCCUUCUAUUUCGAGUGUCUUACGGAGCUGGUAUUUCACUUUUGCCGAGAGAAUGGGACGUCCGGUUGACAGUGGGGCUCCGCGGUGAACGAGCCUUGCGCGAUACUUUGCCGCGUGCAUUAACCGAUGCACACAGCUUCGCGUUCGAUUGUCCUGUCGAGUGUACAGUGUCCAAGGAACGAGACCAGACGAAAUGAACGAAGCCUCCUCGUCGGCAUAAUCGUGCUCCAAUGAAAAUGUGAUUGGUCGUCCGUUUCUUCUUCUUCCUCUUCUUCUUUCUGCUCCUCCUCCUGCGGUUACUUAAAUGUCUCGGGGUGGAUGCUUUCGAAAAUUUACUUGUUGGGCAUGAAUGGACAGGUGCAACCCUCCAGGGAGAGGUUAGGAGGUUUGGGUAAUAGUACAAUAGGAUUGUUUUCUGGAAUGAUUGCCACAGAUCGUGUCCCAAACAUACAACUCAACAUUACAAACAAUGGAUUGCCUAUGGAUGAUUGCAAUGUUGCAACAGAGGUCGAUAGUAAAGUCAAGACAAAGCUGAUGUCUAUGUGGAAUAAUGUCAAAUAUGGUUGGACUAUAAAGAUGGUGAAACCAAACUUUUCCAAAGAAUCACCAGUAUUUUUGCUUGGGAAAAUUUAUAGAAAAAAGCCAGAAGAAUUUUUGGAAAAGGCUUCAGAGGCUGAGAAAACAUUAGACACAGGAAGCGAAAUAUCUUUAGCAAUAGAUGCUAUUAGUUUUGAGGAUGGUAUAGAGGAAUUUAAGAAAGACUUCAUGUCUAGACUUUGGUUAACAUAUAGAAGAGAAUUUCCUAUUUUGAACGGAUCUACAUUUACCACUGACUGUGGCUGGGGUUGCAUGCUACGUAGUGGUCAGAUGAUGUUGGCACAGGCACUAGUCUGCCAUUUUCUUGGAAGAGAAUGGCGGUGGCAGCCCGACCAGCCGAUAAAAACACAACAACAACAAUUGGACGAAUAUAAUCAUAGACUAAUUAUAAAAUCGUUCGGAGAUCUACCUGAACGUAUAUCUCCGUUUUCGAUACAUGCGCUUGUAUCUUUGAGUGCAUUGUGGGGAAAACGUGCUGGAGAUUGGUAUGGACCAUCCUCUGUUGCACAUUUAUUAUGUCAAGCGGUGGAGAAUGCGGCCGAACACCACCCAGUAUUCAGUAACUUGGCUGUUUAUGUUGCUCAAGACUGUGCAGUUUACCUGCAGGAUGUUGAAAGUGUAUGUCAAAUGCCUGAUGGCAAAUGGAAAUCUCUUAUUCUUUUCGUACCUUUAAGGCUUGGUGCUGACAAAUUGAAUCCUAUCUAUGCAUCUUGUUUGACACAUUUACUUACCUUAGAUACCUGUAUUGGAGUUAUUGGUGGUCGACCCAGACACUCGCUAUACUUCAUUGGUUUCCAGGAAGAUAAACUGAUUAACUUAGAUCCACAUUAUUGUCAAGAAACUGUUGAUGUAUUAAAAGAUAAUUUCCCUCUAACGAGUUUUCAUUGUACUUCGCCGAGAAAGAUGUUGAUUUCAAAAAUGGAUCCCAGCUGUUGCGUUGGAUUUUAUUUCCAUACCAAAAUCCAGUUCACGAACUUUAUGGAGAUUGCUCCCUCCUAUUUGGUGCCCGAAGAUGAGAAAGUUGAUUAUCCUAUGUUCUUGUUCUGUGAAGGGAGUGGAAGAGAUCUCCAUCAAAAAAUUGAAAUUGCAGAAAAUAUCCCGUCUACUACCUCUUUUACAGGUAACGAAUCGUACGAUGAUGACCUCGAUGAGUGUGAAGAGUUCAAAUUGGUUCAAUGAGACAUGUACCAACGUACAUUCAAACAUUGAAUACUUAAAGACAAUUCUCGGAGAAAGAUGAUAAUAUUAAAUUCAUCGUAAUUCUCCUUUCAUUCGUCCACACAUGUACAGUGAAAGAUAUUCAAUUAAUGACUUCAGUAGAUACAGAUUUGCAUAAUAUUAGACGUUAAAUCUUACUUUGUGAAAUGAAUUUGUGCCGCAAGAAAAAAGAGAAGGAACCACCGUUCUUUAGAUCUAAACGUGUCUAUAGGAUGACACGAAUAAGUACAUCAAAUAUUUUCCAUUCACGAUAAAAAAAACAGAGUAUGUAGACUUAAAAGAGCGUUAUCAUCGUCAACACAUAAUUCUGUGAUCAUAAUUUAAUGCGGCUUUUCUAUCUUAUACGUUAUUGCACAACAUUUUGUUACGUUGUUUUUUUGAUCUCAAAAGAAAAGUAGAAAACUGAUUGCCUUUAAGAAUUGUUAGAUUAAUUUAGCGUACGAUUUAUAAUUAUACUAGGAUUAUUUCGAAGAAAUAUUUAUUUGACGCGUUCGCGUCGACGAUCACGUCGAGACUUGCGUAGAUCGUAAGUUGACGAUUUUUGCUAUGAAGAGUAAUUUUUAUAACAUUUCUUAACUCCGUAUGGAAAUGUUCCUGAUAUAACUUAAUUUAUAAUGCAGCAAUACUGUAAUUCCUUGCAACAUGACCAUACUUCAUUCCUUCAUCGAUCAACAAAAAAUGCGCGUGAGACACAAACCAUAUCUACCUUCAAAACGAACAUUUAAGCUCGAAUGAAUUUCAUCAAAUUUUUUUUCAUAACGAAACAUUCUAAGUUAUCUAUUUAUUUAUUUAAUAUACUAAUAUUUGCUUCUGACGACUGUUCUGAACUUAUACUAAGUUCUCGCGCUUUGUCGCGCCUUAUUAUUGCAUUCGACAUAACGUUUUAUGUUAUGAAAAAGAAAUAUGCGAUUAACCAAACGUAUAUUGUAGUAAUAUUAAGGCUACUGUUAUUAACUGAGGAGUCACCUUAAUUUUUUUCGAGAAUUGAAAAAGAAUAAGAAUGUGAGUGUGAUAUAUAAUGUAUAUUAUUCUCAUAUUGUUAAUAGGUCUGUACACAAUUAAAAAUUGUUAAAAUUCUUAUAUCGGUACAGUUACAAAUAAAAGGAAAAGAGCUAUAAGAGUAAACUUUCAAUGUUUAUUACCUCUUUAGAGUCGCAAAUUCACUUUAUUUUCUCUAGAACAAUUAUAAACAGAAUAUAUAAUACAUUUGCAUUACACAAGCCCAACAAUUAUUUCAUAGCUCCAAUUUCUUUGAUCCCAUUUGUAUUACAAUAUACCAUACUUACAAAUAAUUUCCAUAAAAAAAUGACAAAUCGAACUCAUUGCUAACUUACGUAAAUUAGCGUAUUUACAAUUGGCAACGUUCUUUCGUGUUAUUGUUAGAAUAUUUGUUUCUUUCUUAUCAUAACAUAACAUGUCAAAUCUGAUGUGACAAUAUUAAAAUAAGGUGUGCGUCGUGAUACAGAAUGUUGAAGACAUAGUAUAAAAUACGAUGCUCGUAAAGCAAGUGAAAGUUGUAUACGUUUAAAAGUUGAACAACUUUGUACUAUAUUGAUAAGAAAUGUUGUAUGUACGUGUACAUACACGAAAAACGACAGAAAAAUACAUUAUGGACCUUUCUGAUUUUCCAUACAGUCACACGGUUUACACAUAUGUAUGCACACAUAAAGUACUAUUAUUACAUCCUAUUGGAAGCAUAUGGUCGCUAUCAGUUUGGAUACUCCACUAGUUCAACACGCAUUUUUUUUACAUAGAGGUACGCUCUAGCGAUUAGUCGGCUAUGAUAAAAAUUUCGUGAUUGUGUCCUUGACGUGCGGCCAUAGCUCGUCUGUAGUAUUACCGCGGAAAGUAUUCAAUAUACCAAUACCUUCAUAGAAAGCUAAAAUAGGUUCAUUCUCGGCAAUGUACCUGUCCAGUCUCUUUUUUACGAUCUCUACCUUAUCGUCUUCUCUUUUGCUCAACGGUUCACCGGUUACAUCAUCUUUGCCCUGUGAAAAGGUCCGACGUGUCUUUAAUUAGAAUCAAUUACCAGGUAAAACGGGGGAUAGGCUUUUCUCUAAAUUGUACGGAGCUCAAAUCAGAGUUAACUAUUUAUUCCCACUUACUGGCACUUUGGGACUGUUGAAUCCGAUAUUGUAGACUCUGCCGCUGGGCAAAUGAACCCAUCUGUUCUCUACGCGCUUCAGAAUCACUGACACCGGCACGUCAAGGUAGAGGACAAGGUUCACGGGAUGAACUUUCUGCAGCUUUUCCGCUUGCUGCAACGUUCUCGGGAAUCCUGUGUCAAUGCCAACUAUUUAUUCAAAUUUAGUUGCAUACGCGUGGCCACCCUCGUUCAAGGUCACCCCAAUCGCCGUCGCCGAUACAAUUUUAUCCUAUCACUCACCGUCCAACAGCCAAUUUUUGUCGUUCACCGUUUCGAUUUCCUUGUUUAUCAUCGAGAUCAUCACAUCGUCGGGGACAAAUUUGCCGGACAGCACGUAACUCGAUACGGUCUUGCCCAAUUCUGUAUCAACGGAAAGGAAAAAUACAUUCGUGGGUUGCGGUCACGAUCGGACUGUUUAUCAUCGAUUAAUAUUGCAGUGCACUUUGGAGCGGAUGAUAAAAGUUGUACCCGUGCAUCAAAAAUAAAUUUACACGCGCGCCGCUAUUUAUUUAGCGUUGGUCUAAGUAUAAAUUACUUUAACGUGUAUAUAAAUGUUUGCAACUCGCUUGCCAAGAAAUAAAAUUCUGAAAUAACUUGCGGAUCUUUUUCAAAUAAAUUACACUUGCUCGGCGGAUGGUUCGUUCUUUCGAUGAGGGAAUUUUGUGAAUAGAAUUAAUGUGUACUUUAUUCGACUUCGAUGUUUGUAAACAGGAGGGUGAAUAAAUUGAUAAUGGCAUCCUUCGAAAUAAUAUCGGUAUCGAGAGUAGGGGACUAUCUAAUCGUGUCCAAUUUAACUCUCCUCGUGAUAGAGUACCCUCCUCCGAGGGAAGUUAUAAUUUAUAGCGAAUUAAACGAAAUCACGUCAGAAUACUUUCGUCUCUCGAAGCGAUCGAUAUGGAUCUUAAUUUUAGAAAAGAUUUUACUUGGUUUACUAUUCAGUUAGAAAAAUGUAAAAAUAUUAAUCUACUGUUAACCAUGUAGUAUUACUUCGAUGUAUACCGUUUCUCCAUAAAAGAACACUUGUUACUAUUCCAUGCAUUUCUUUAAAGUCGAAUAAGAAAAAAGUCUAAAGAGAUCGAUAAAAAAAAAAGUGACAUUAUCAGUGUCAUGUCUUAAUUUCGAUUACAAUUUAUAAUUUAAUAUUGAAUCGCCGAGUAGCGCUUUGAGAUCAAUGAAAAAUCAUUAAACAAGCUAGUCGUGACCUGAUUAAUCGGACGACAUCGAAAGAACAAGUGUUCUUCGACGUUUCGCAAUAAAUGUGUUAUGAAAUUGACAUUGAAGUUUAAAGUAAUGUACCUAGAACCGAAAUAUGCUUUUGAUAACGUCGACCAGAUCCUGAAGUCUUGUAUCAGAGAAGCAAUAUUGGUUCGAUGUACAAAACUGAUCCCAGAUUUUUAUCGAGACGACUUAAGCGACUGUGUAAUCCACGGUUAGUGGAUUUCUGCACGUACCGGUACCACUGGUCAUGUGAACACGUAAUUUGUCACCGCUAGAUAUGUGAGCCACUUUGAAAUGUUC